AACUGCUAAAAUCAGUUUACUGAUUUUGAUAUACGGAUCAGUUUGUAAAACAAUAGAAACUUUGUACUCAUAUUAUUUAAACAAUGGUGUUCAAAUUAAUGAUCUGCCUACAAAGUGUGUUAAUACGAGGAAAGUUUUAAGUGUUGUAAAUACCUAGAGGAUUGUAUUAGUUAAGUCGACAAUGACUUGGAACUUCUGGAGGCACAAUCAAGGAAUAGACAAACAUAGCAUAGGCUGCUGCUUUGGAUUACGUUGGUUCAAUGAUUUCCUGUAAAGUCAUGGCUACUCCGUUGUAUGAUCAUAAACUAUCAGGAGCCAAAUUUAAGAACUGGAUUAAGGCUGGAUUAGGUGUUCUAUAUACUAAAGAAGGUAUUGAACCUUUUGUUUAUAAUGAAAUAGAACAGUUCCAGCAGAAAUGUUUGAGCGACAUUUGCAACAACAAUGGACUUGUUGCUGGUACCACGUGUUCCAGUUGUUGCACAGAAAAUGUUGUUGUUUGUCCUACAAAUAGAAUUUGUAAUGCAGGACGUGGAAAAUGUAAAUUUCAUAGAAAUUCUGCAACGCAAUAUCUCCCAUCUGGCUGCCCUAACAAGAUAUGUCAUAAUUUAAAAAUCGAAAUCCAGAAAGCUCAUCGAUUCUACGGUCCAUCCUAUAAAAACACUGAUGCCAGACAUUGGUGCAACAAUCCAUGGGAUGUUGCUAAAUGUUUUAUGCCGCCUGACGGUUACAAGGAUGUGACGAGUGCAGCAGAGACAGAUUUCAAUGGAAUCAUCAGUGUUAUUAUCAACUAUAAAGCAUUUCAGUCGAAAAUUCACGACGACCUUUCCAAAACAUACAGCUUCUUUGAACAGGGUAGAGAGUUAGGCAAAGAUGUUCGACAUUCCCCACAAUUAGAGAUGGAAGAUACAGAUCUAAAACAGUAUUUUACUGUCUUACAGCAUCUGCUGUCAGAUCCUACAUAUUUGUCCUCUGAUACAGCUGCAAAGAAUGCUAAAACGAAAUUAUUACAGCUUCAAAACGAUACUUUGGUCAUUGGUAAAGAUGAUGUCCGGAAGGUGCUGGAUGAUGUUGCCAAGGCAGUUCAAGAUAAAAUCAGGACUAAUUUGAAGGAAGCUGAAAAGAAAAAAAUAGAACUGAUCAAUGUCAUGAACGAGUCUGUUAAAGCUAUUGACAAUGAAAAAAAUGUAUCAAUUGCUCAACUAGAAAAAGCAUUUAAAUCUGCAAUUGAUGAAUUAGAAAGGCAAACAAAGGAAUCGCUGACAAAAGUACAAUCAGAAGCUUAUAUUGCUACGAAACAGAUAGAAGAGGGUACUGAUAAAGGGGUUAACAAGUUGGAAGUCAAAGCCGAAGCUGGAGUGAAACAGAUAGAAGAAUCUGCUGAUAAAGGGGUUAACAAGUUGGAAGUCGGAGCCAAAGCUAGGUUGAAGCAGAUAGAAGAAUCUGCUGAUAGAGGGGUUAACAAGUUGGAAGUCAAAGCCGAAGCUGGAGUGAAACAGAUAGAAGAAUCUGCUGAUAAAGGGGUUAACAAGUUGGAAGACGAAGCCAAAUCUGGAGUGAAACAGAUAGAAGAAUCUGCUGAUAAAGGGAAUAACAAGUUGGAAGUCGGAGCCAAAGCUGGAGUGAAACAGAUAGAAGACUCUGCUGAUAAAGGGAUUAACAAGUUGGAAGUCGAAGUCAAGGCUGGAAUGAAACAGAUAGAAGAAUAUGCUGAUAAAAGGGUUAACAAGAUGGAAGUCGAAGCCGAAGCUGGAGUUAACAAGAUAGAAGAAUCUACUAAUAAAGGGGUUAACAAGUUGGAAGUGGAAGCCGAAGCUGGAAUUACAAAGAUUUCAGCAAAAACGGAUGAAGCAUUAAAGCAGAUUGAGGAAUCAACAAACAAAGAAGAUAAAUACAACAAGUUAAAAGAAGGUAAGUGUAUUUUUUUUAAAACAUCAUUUCGGAAACUGUGAGUACAUGUUAAUAGCUUCGCACACAUGGGCUAUUCAUUUGCUUCUGAUGAACUUGAAGAAUCUGCUAUGCAGAAUAAUCAUAAUGAUAGCUAAUGUGUCACUAAUAAGAUUUUUAUUGGAAUCAUUGUUUGCCCCCGGUUAUUCUUAAAGCAGCUGUAGCUGCCUUGAAAUCUGUUUUAUAUAUGCACUUAAAAAUUAAAAGACUUUGCACAAGAUGGAAGUCUAUAAAGGGAAUAGAUAAAACGAUUUCGCAUACCUUUUCUAACUAUAUCUAUCUACAAAAAAGUACAAACUAGUUUUACCUAUCUUCACAUUAGUGUAAACAAAUGUAAAUGAUGCGAUUUCAGUAGAAGGGGACGUUUUUUUUUCACAUUCUUGAGUAGUUAUUCUUGUUCUUAAUCUAUCGCUAGUUUGGCAAAUAUAAUACAUUUUCUUUCGCCUAUACAACAAAAUGUACAUCCAGUUAGGUAAAGGGUCCUAAUUUUCAAUGCGUCGUUCUGCUAAACAUACCUGAUGCAUUUGGUUUGAAAUAAUUCUUGUAAAGGCUUUUGUAAAUUUUUCGAAAUACAGAUGUUAGCUUUAUCGGUCAAUAUCCGAUCGCAAGUGUUUAAUUGAUACUUUUAAGCGUUUCUACACAACUUGACAUACACAGACUUUGAAUAUUAUUUAAGAUUUGCCUUAUAUGAAUAAUAUAAUACAUUUUGAGGUAUUAAACAUAUAUGUCAGAAAGGUUUGCAUUAUACAUCGUAAGAGCAUAGGAAUAUAUUCAUUCUACAAGAUGACAUGCCGAAAGGAUUUGUUCAUGCUUAAAGAGUAUUAAAUUAUGAAUGACAAACGUGUUUCCGAACUUCCUUAAAUAUCUAUACAUUUACAGGAAUUUCGGCAUUUAAUACGGGGUACACGUACCUCUUAAGAUAACUAGUACUAAUAUUCGUACUGAAGGUAUGCAGUGUCAAUUUUUCACUUAAAUAUUUCAUUUUUAUAUAGUUUCUUCAGAUAUAGAAAAUCUUCAUCAAAUAAACUUAACUAUACCAUAAGAAUUGAUUAUGUAUGUCACGAAGCUUUUUAGACUAAGUGGUGGAACACAUUUACUAAGAAAGAUAUCAGGAAUGUGGAACUAAGAGAUUUUUACUUAGAGAUGUUAACCGUAUGAUUUCUCAUUCUUAAAGGUGGUCAAUCACAUUUGAGAAACGUUUUCUGACAUUUUUCAGUUUUCAUAUUAUACUGUUUGAGAAAAAUUAAAAGACGACUCACUACAUUGUGUUAGAUCUGUAUUAGAAAUGUAUAAUUUAUAACUUAUGAAAUUUUAUAAUUAUCUCCCUUUAAUACAAAAGUGUUUAAAAAGUGGACUAUUUCUUUUGACUUCAGUACAAUUUCUAGUUUUGCAUAGUUUGCACUUGAUAAAUACUGAAAUAUUUCAACAAAGAUAAGUUUCAAAACAACAUGUAGCUGCGGAAUUAAUUAACUUUUUUACUGAUUGAUUGAUUGAUUGAUUGAUUACAUGCACAACCAAGACAGACGAAGGGAGGAUAAUUUUAUGAAAUUUGCAUUUCCAAUGAAUUUUGGCAAAAUAUGUACUUGUAAAGCAAGUAUUUGAUAACCUUUUUACAAUAGUGCUAAUAUUUAUAUUCAUUAGGCAAAAUCUGUUAAUGAAAUUUGUACUUAUGCUAAAUUAGAGCUUGGUUGGGCAACCAGCAUAGGAAAGUCUAAUUUUGAAAAUACUUCCAGUAAACAUCUAUCAUGUAUUAAGAACUCGAGGCGAGGAACACAUAUAAGUGUAAAUGAUCAGUUGAUUAAGUGUCGAACAAAUCUUUUUCUUUUUACCUGAUUAACCACCUUUUAUCAUCAUCGUUUUGACAAAACAACAAAAGUUCCUUUCCAAAUGCUUAUAAUGAAAGCUAGAUACAAAUGUAAUAUGACACUCAAUUCGGAAGAUAAACCUGAGAUUGGGAGAACACAGGCAAAAGAGAUAGAUUAAGGACAUAAUUAUUUUGUUUGUAAUUUAAAUGUUGGAAUUAUUUCCUGUUUAGAAUUAUAAGUUUAGCUUUAAUAGUAUGUAUUAUUCUAACACGACCUGUUACAUUUUCCUAUUAAACAAACAAGGUUAAUUUACAGUCUAACACGACCAGCAAAUAACCUACAUACAUGUAGAGCAAAAUCAAUCCCGGGUUAUUCUGCAAUAAACCACUCGCAUGCAAUGACGUCAUCCGAUCCAGGAGCGUAGCACGGUCGUAAAAAGUAGUUACUAUUUUUUCUAACACUGUUGAUACUGCUAUGUCGUAUUAGAAUCGAAAUAAUAAGUUCCAAAGUUGGCAAUUCACUGAAUGAGAUAUACUAUUUCUUACACAAUAAGGGAAUAAUAAAUUACAUUUUUUUAAUAUUUCCUACUGUAAAAAUGCAAGUUUAUCAAGUAUUAUGUUCUAAUAUAUCAUGUACAUAAUUUACAUAUAUACAGUCAAUUUUUAUCAUCAUAAUCAUCAUCAUCAUCAUCAUCAAAAUCAUCAUCAUCAUCUUGAGCUGGUCCAUUGUAGGAUCAAUGGUAAGAUUAACUGCCCUAAACGGUAUUACCUAAAUACUGUUGAAAACAGGCGCUAUGAAACCAACAAAGAAACAUAGUAUUCAUCAAAAUCAUUCUACAGGGUGCCAAUAUUUGAGUCGUUUGCAGAAAUAUGUGUAAUAUGAUCACUACAGAUUGUCAAUAAAUGGUGGUUAUUUGUAUCAAAGUAUUUGGAAAUCUGAUUAAAGCAAGUUAUGAUCCGGACAUAAACGUGUAUAUUACAGCAAAAUAACAAAACAAAUAUAAGUUCAAAGCUGUGACCUUGAUCUUGGAUAUAACAACAUGGAUCAUGAUCGCAACAAACCUUCUAUCCAUGCUGAUCAUUUGUACCAAAUAAUUUAAAAAUCUAACAAUGCAUGGGCAAGUUAUACGAAGGACAAGAACCUAUAUAAAACUGUAUGAACGCAUAUUUCACGGCGGGAUUAUAAUAAACGAAGACCUAUUUCCUUACAAACGAGCUCAGUUGGGUGAGGGUAAUUAAAAACCUAAGGUGUAUUUUCUUAAAAUCUCAUAGACAUAAAUUUGCAGCAUGCACAAGGUCGGGCCCUCCUAGACUUAAUGCUAACGACUCCACCCAUGACAAGUUGUAUAUCAUUUGUCCGAGGACAUAGCAACUUCCUGUGUGUCACCCAACUUAAGACAGCUCUGGAUAACGAAAGAUAGCUGCAAAUGUAUGUCGCCACCGGGUUCGAACCAGUGACCUGACUAUGUGGGUCUACCUUAUAGCUAGUCGAAGUAACAGUAGAAGAAGCUAAAGAUGUAAUCAUAAUAUAGUGGUAGUGGCAGUGGAUGCAGAAAUGAAAAUAAAAAUCGAGCCAUGUGACGGGAAAAUUGGCAUUCGAACAUUUUCGUGAAAUUCUAGAAACUCUAUAUUAAGGCUGACCUGUGCAUUUACGCAUCUGAAUUAGGGUCAGAGAACUUCAUAUUCAGGUAGAAUAAGUCUUUUUUGAAAUAACAACGAACGAUGUUGGCCAUGAUCAGACUGCGCAGAUGCACAGGCUGAUCUUGGCCCACACUAGUUGCAAAGCCUCGAAAGUUCUCGAAGGCCCAUUUUCUCUGCGGCUCAAAUAAUUUUAUGACGUUAUUGACAUCGACGACGACUACGCUAACUUGUGAUGGUGCUUAUGGCAGUCUAUACUCCAAUAAAGUCCUCGCUGUUCUUUGAAAUGAUAUAUAACUAUGAAUGGAAUAAAGAAAUCAAGGCAAAACUUUGUUACGGAAAAGGUGGAUAAAACAGUAGUUUUUUAUUACUGCAUAGGUGAUUAAGCAAACAUUUCAUAAUAUUGGUACUUUCAGAGAAAUAUCAAUGAAAAAUAGUAAACUUAAAUAGAAACAAAUACAGGGAAUCUCCCACAGAACGGCAUUACAGUGCAUUUGUAUUGUGCAAUUUGAAAGUUAUUUCACUAUUGUCUUUUUACUGAAAUUACGAAGCUGAAACUGUUUACAUAUUCUGGUUAAAAACACCUUAGUUUUAAAAUAAAACUAUUAAGGAAAAACGUAUUUCUAUUUUGAUCACAGUAACAAUAAAUUUGAUCGAUGCUCUCCAAAACCACCGUCUAUAUGCAAGCUGCUUAAAUAUCAAGGUUGGUCGCAGUACAUAAUUUAUCUCUGUAGUUAACUAGCAGAGACAAUGUUUCUGUUCCAAGUAACAGCAACAUCAACCUAAAGUAACAGCAAUAUCAACCCAAGAGACCAAAACGCAUAGCACGGUCUUAGAAAAACAGUCAAGUGUACCAAAUUUGAUCACAAUAUGUCAUUCCUAACUGAUGACUUUCUGUGUGCAAAAAACGUACCCACGUUACAAAGCAAUAUCAUAUAUAGCACACACCACAUACUUUCUAAGGCCAUAUGUUUUGGAUUCCUCGAUAAUCAGAUUUAAAUUAGAUUUUUAAAUAUUUGCAACUAGAAAGUCGAUGCUUGUGAAAACACACACCUAUAGUUAACUAAUUUAUACGAAAUCAAUAUUGUUUACCCAAACUUAACUGAGUUGUAAAAAGAUACUUGUUUGUGAUAACAAAAUCUAUUUAAUUGCAUAUCAGAAACUAAGGGAAGUAACUCAGACUAUGAGAAACCUAUCUGUGAAUAAAAUAUCUAUUUAAUUGACCAACCAUUGCGGGUAUUGCUCUGGAAGGCCGAACAAUCACUCAGACAAGAGGACGAAAAGACAGACAAGCAUACCUACAGGUCAGAGUGAAACUGUUGUAAGUAUAUACAGAUAAAAAAACGCUUUGCUCUCAUCCCUCGAUAUGGACAAUGAUGAAACUAUAUCCCCACGACUUUGCGUAGAGGUAAAAAGCCGUAAUCAUUAUCACAGUCCCAGUAUUCAAAAUACAUCGUUUCUAUCCUCGGUCCACUUAAUAGCUUUCCCCUGUGCAGUUUUUUAUUUGCUUCGUCUAUCCCCAGUACAGUUUCAAGUCAUCAAAAAUUAUGAAUAUCUCCCCAACAACAAAACAUACUGUAUUGAUAUCUUACACAAUACUGGACGACGUAAUUAUAAUAAAAUCGCUCGAUUCAGUUUUUAUCUUUAUUUUCCAAUUGUUGUUUUAUGUUUGAAAUUCUACCACCUUACUGGACAUUUAUGAGCGAUCAGUGAACUUGUGCCAUUAUACAAGAGAGGAGACACAUUUCCAUUAUAGUUGUAUAUUGCAUAUGAUCAAGUUAUUCGAAACUCUUCGAUUUUUAUAAAUAUAUCACCAUGAAAUACAAAAAAUGGUAAAAAACUUACCGUGUGUCAAAAUCAAACGUGUAUUGAUUUAUCACUUUCUCGGCUAUAUCCGGUGUCCGUUUCCCCACCAGGAUAAUUUUGAUGUAAAUAUUUUACUGCAAAGUAGGUUUAAAAGGAAAGUUUGUUUGUUUUGGGUUUAACGCCGUUUUUCAACACUAUUUCUGUCAUGUAACGGAGGGCAGUUAACCUAACCAGUAUGCCUGGAUUCUGUACUAGUACAAACCUGUUCUCCGCAAGUAACUGCCAACUUCCCCACAUGAAUCAGAGGUGGAGGACUAAUGAUUUCAGACACAAUGUCGUUUAGCAAAGGUGUCCCGCCAUGACAUUUUUAUCCCAAAUGACACAAGCCUUGAUAUCGGUAAAAUGACGUUGAAGUUGACGUCACUUAAUUAGAUACUUGUUUUCAUUAAUUUGUUUUUAAAGCAACAGCCAUUAGUCUUAAAAUCAGUAAUAUCGGACGAAGAUUUGUAAGUUAAAAUGUUUCAACAUUUAGUUAUCGCACUAGUAGUGAAAUAUCACAAAUAAUGAGUGAAUUAGCGAAUUGUUUCCCUUUGGAAUCUACACGCCAUUAACGGUGUAUACAUGUGUGAAACUGGGUCAGAGAAAACAUGCAGUUAUUGCUCUGAAUUUACGCGGAUAUUUAAAGUACCUGGCGGAUUUAUUGGUUGUUAUGGACAACCUCCAUCAGUAUGAGAUAUAAAGGUUCACUGCAGUUUUGACUACAAGUACUGUACACAUACUAUGCUCAGCAACUGGAGUUGCUGUGAGGUUUCAUGCAGGCUCUCAGAUUUUCUACCUAGUGUAUGAAAAGUACAGUACUGCUGUUGGAAGAGGAGCAGUGUGGUAUCUAUGGUCCACCAUCACUUCAAGUAUCAUGGCUAUGGAUAAAAGAAGGUUUCAUUACAUAUGGACAAUUAUAUUGGACAAAAUAAGAAAAGUUGUCUAAUAAGUUCUGGAAUGUGGCUUGUUAUGAUGGGUCUACAUGAUUGACUUGGAGUACAACAUGAUGGAGGCCGGGCUUGCAGUAUUCAGUCCUGAACAUGUUUAGAAUGUCUUCUGCAUGACCUGGUAUAGUAUUCUUGAAGGAUUAUAACUUCAACACAGAGACGGAAAUUAAUAAUUUAGGUAGGGGAUUGGCAUGACAGGCAAAUUCUCCAACCGUAUUACCAUUCCUGAGCUGGAUACCAGUCGACAGUGGUACCUGUAUAAUGAAAUGGCACCCCUUUGCAGCAACAGCAAUGUAUGCUCAAAACUAGCAGUGUCAAAACCAUUAAAAUUGAGAACUCAGUCAAUUAAAACGAAGAAUGAAUGGAAAAAAAGUGUUUAACAUUUAAAGUUACAGAGAAAGAGCUUAGCUCAAUUGGUAUUUUGUGAAAUUUUAAUUAAUUUGAAAGUGUUUUUGAUUUUCUAAAGGUGUACUAGACCCAAAUUCCAUAUAUAUGAAUAUAAACAAAUGCUACAUAUAGUUAUGUAAACAUUGAAUUAACAAGUUUAUGGUGUCAGCAGUAGUAUGCAUUGGUUAAAUAUAGACAUACUGUAUGUAUGUAAGGCUGAACACAGUAUAAAUGUGAAAUACCUCUAAGACACUGGAAGAUUUUUCAACAAUCUACUGUUUAGUACUGCAUGAUAUAAAAUUAUGAAUGGAGCUCUACAUACACUGUUGAUUUAUAAAUUAAGCAAAGUUAAAUAUAUUUAUUGAUGAUUUUCUACAUUUGAAGUAAUUACCUAAAUAUUAAAUAUUUUAGUGAAGAUAUAUUAUGCAACUAUAUAUUAAGUUGAAAAAAGCUACCAUCCAGGAAGAAUAUUUUGAAAUGAUACUUUUACUUGAAAAUUUAUGUGAAAAAUGAAGGAAAUAGAUGUUAAAAUGAAUUCUUUAUUUUAUAAAAAUGUUGUUGCCAUGGAAACAGAACUUGAGUAUUAAGUUUAUCUGCUUUCAUACCAGAGUAAAAUGAUUUUUAAUUAUAAUUAUGUAAACAAUUUAAUGUUACAUAAUCAUCACUGAUACUUUUAAUUUUCAAUUUACACUGUCAUUGAGCAAUGCAUCUUAAGUACAUUUGAAGUUGAAUGACAAAUUACAAAUAUUAGAUAUUUAUGGAAAUGCUUUUAGAUAUUUUUGAGAUGAAUAUAAAUCAGAAAAAUCACAAAUUCUAGUCCUUCUAGAGAACUAAUAUAUAUUUAUAAAUUACAUUUUUUUGUAUCAAAUGUAGGCUAAAAUGUCUGUUAAAUUGACAUUUAAAGCAAUUCUUGUACUUUGUUGCUAUGGAAACAUAAAUUGUGACAUUUUUUUUAAUACAAAAUAUCAUAUUUAUAGCAAGAAGGCAUUAUCAACUGUGCUAAUCAUGUUAAAUACUUGAUAUAUUGAUGGCAAAAUAUGAAAUUAAAAUAUAUGAUAAAAGUAAA